CCAGCGGCGGCGGAAGUGACGUCACGCGGUGCACCCUGGGAAAGGAGGUCAUGGUUGGCAGGAUGCUGGCUGUCACAGCCCUCAGAGCGGCCCGGAGGACACUUUUCUGCUCCACUUUUGUCCAUCGAGGCUAUGCCUCAAACACUUCAGGUGAAUAUGGAAAGGAUGAAAUGGAAAUCCAGUUGCCUGCGUGGGAGGAGCGUCACAACGAGACUGCGGAGGUUAAGAGAGCUAGACUCGUGUAUGAAAGUCGCAAAAGAGGCAUGCUAGAAAACUGUAUACUUCUCAGUCUGUUUGCUAAGAAAUAUCUGGCCACAAUGACAGAGAGCCAAUUGUCACAGUAUGACCGCUUGAUCAAUCAGCCUUCCAAUGAUUGGGACAUAUAUUACUGGGCCACAGGGGCUCAGGACCCACCUGAAGUGUUCAAUAAUGAAGUGAUGAAAUUGCUCAAAGAAUUUGCCAAGAACAGAGGGAUGGAACAACGUCUACGGCAGCCUGACUUGGAAUAUCUGUUCAGUGAGACAAAGUGACACAGUCCAAUAAUUAAAUGGGACAUUUAAUUUAUGGAAUCAAGAAACCUGAAACAUAGUGGCAAUAUUUUACAGAACCAUUACAAAUACUUAAAUUGAACAUCAUAGCUUACGUACCUUGACAGAAUUGUGGAGCUCUUAUCCACAGAUAUUUUUUCACGUCCCUGUUUAUUAAAGAGAUACCUUUAAAAGAGGGAAAAAUAUUUAAAAAUUACUUUUGUGCAAUACACAACGAUUUUGUCAAAAACACCUUUUCAGCAACCGAGAGGAUGGAUAUGGAUAAUGUACAUAUGGAGUGUUAUUAAUUCAGUUUAUGGUUCUUUAACAUUCUAAUUGUUUUGAGACCCACAAUAAAAAUUAAAGACUUUAAAAAAA